ACCACCGUCCGUGCUCCGCAUACGCGACUCGCACCACGCGCGACGCCUCACCAUACACCGCGUCUACGCAAAACUCCUUUCAUGUCCUCCCCAGUUUCCUCCCGCCACGAGCCCCUUAUCCUCCGACGGCUAACGAUCACCCCAAGCCCCGCGCCCUCCCCGUCCGCCCAUGUCCGCCGCCGCCGAUGACCUCGCGCGCCGCGUCGCCUCGUUCCUCCCUGUCCCUCUCCUGCCGCCGCCGCAGAAGCAGCAUCUCUCCGGCGUGGCUGCCGCCGUCCUCGACGCCGGGGGCCGCCUCGGCCGCGCCGUGGGCGACGUCUUCCGCCGGCUCCGCAUCGACGACACCUUCUACUCCGGCGCGCAGCAGAUCCGGGGAAACGCCUGGAAAAGUGACUGGAGCUCCGCGGCCGGGGCGCCAGCGGGCAAGGAGGGGGUCGCCACCGGCGCCGAUCCCCUCGUCGCCGCCUCCGGAAGGUUCGCGCGGUCGCAGGGGAGCAUGAACCUGUCGGCGACGUACGACAGCAGGACGAACGACGUGGAGAGCUCUGUGGUGGCCAGAGGAGACCUGUGGCGGGCGGAGGCGUCUCAUAGCAGCAGCGGAGGCUCUGCUCCGAGAGGCGCUGGCGACGGGGCGCCUCUGUUCCUAGUCCAGCUCGGUCCGGUCCUCUUCGUCCGCGACACGACGCUGCUGUUCCCGGUGCAUCUGUCCAAGCGGCACCUCAUCUGGUACGGAUUCGAACGCAAGAACGGAGUGCACUCGGUAUGCCCGGCUUAUUGGUCAGCUCACAAGAGAUGGUUAUUCAUGUCCAUGAUCUGCCUGAACCCCUUUGCCUGUUCAUUCAUGGACAUGCAAUUCCCAAACGGGCAACUAAGAUAUGUGGCCGGCGACGGCUUCACGACGCGCACUUUCCUCCCUCUCUGCGGUGGGAUCCUGCAAGCUCAUGGAAAAUUCCCGGGGGAGAAGAGGAUCAGCUUCUCUUUCAAAAACAGGAGCGGUGGCAGCGUCAUCCCAAUGGUUCGGUGGCCGGAUAAGUCUCUGUCACUGGGGCUUGUCCAGGCGUUGUCUUGGAGGAGAUCUGGCCAGAUGCUGCAACCAGCACUGCAGAUCAGCAUAUCUCCUACGAUCGGUGGACGCCAUCCUGGGUUGCGCAUGGAGCUGAUCCAUUCGGCGAAUGAGAGCGUUGGCGUAGUCUGCGGCUACUCCCACACUGCUUCUCCUUGUGCCUACGCCUCAAUAUCGAUUGGAAGAUCGAAGCUGAAUGGCGGCGCAGCAAGAUCAGGGUUAGUAUUAAGAGUAGACACACCGCUCCAUACUUUUGGCCAGCCAUGGUUCUCCGUUCAGAUGAACAGCGGGCUCGAGUUCUGAUUGCUCAUUGCUUCGUUGUUACGGAACAUACAGAGUAUCAGACUUACAGGCGACACAACAUUGAAAUGUACAGGCAUUUUUCAGGGUUUCUGUAUGUGACUUGACAAGGACUCGUUGUGUACACGCUAUGAAUCAUAUGGUGUCAAAGAUUAAGAUAUUGAAGCAGUAAGCAUUUUUGUGCAA